AUGGAAUCAGACUCUGCCCACCAAACCGGUGGAGCAACCAAGACCGGCAAAGAUGAUGCAAAUAUCAGUCUACAUCGCUCAUCGAGCAGCCCCGUCGGCCAAAGCUUCACCAUCCCUGUCAGUUCCCAGCUCCAGCGCCGGCUCAACAACCGCCAGAUCCAACUCUUUGCCAUUGGCGGUACCAUCGGCCAGGCCGUGUUCGUCUCGCUGGGCACACCGCUCGCCCAAGGCGGGCCGGGCAGUCUGUUUUUGGGAUACAUCCUAUACUCUCUUAUCAUGGGCAUGGUGGUUAACUGCUCGGCUGAGAUGGUGACCUUCAUGCCUGUUCCAGGAGCUCUCAUCCAGCACGCUGGCAAAUGGGUUGAUGAGGCAUUCGGUUUCAUGGUCGGCUGGAACUAUUUUUUCUGGUUCGCCCUCACGCUUCCAUUUGAGCUCGUCGGUGCGAGCCUGGUGAUGGGUUUCUGGCGUGACGACAUCCCAGUUGCCGCCGUCAUCUGCGCCAUGAUAGUAUUCUACACCGUUCUGAACAUUGUGGCUGUGAAUUGGUUUGGCGAGGUCGAGUUCUGGAUGUCUCUGGGCAAAGUCCUUCUCCUUGUCUCCGUCUUCUUCUUCACCUUUGUCACCAUGGUGGGAGGAAACCCCCGAUACGACGCAUAUGGCUUUCGGUAUUGGAACAACCCGGGUUCGUUCCUCGAAUACGGAAACACGGGCUCAGUCGGCAGGUUUCGAGGCUUCCUAGCCUGCUUCUACAACGCAGCCUUUGUCGUCGUCGGGCCUGAAUCCAUCUCCGCCAUCGCUGGAGAGGCCAGGAACCCACGAUACACAAUCAAGAACGCCUUCAAGAGCAUGUAUUUACGGUUCUUUCUCUUCUUUGUUGGAUCGGCUCUCUGUAUCGGCAUCGUCAUCGCAGCCAACGACCCAAAGCUUGUCGCCAUCGUGGAAGGAACCUCUGAUGCCGGGAGCUCUGCGGCUGGGUCGCCAUACGUCAUCGCUGCCAGCAACAUGGGCAUUUCGACAUUCCCGAGCAUGAUCAACGCCCUGCUCUUGACUAGCAUUAUCUCGGCCGGAAACAACUACGUCUUUGCUGCCUCUCGAGGCCUUUACGCCAUGGCAGAGCGAGGGUUUGCCCCCAAGUUCCUGCUCAAGGUUACCAAGAGCGGCGUGCCUCUCUACUGUCUUGGAUUUACUAUCAUCUUCUGUGCUAUCGCAUUUCUGCAGCUCAGUAGUUCAACUGUUGAAGUAUACAACUGGCUCAUUUCGCUAACGACCGCGGCCGGUCUCGUCACUUUCCUGACAAUGACAAUAACCUACAUCUUCUUCUACAGAGCCCUCAAAGCCCAAGGUAUCGACCGCAAGACGUUGCCGUACUGCGGUUGGGGCCAGCCUUACAUGGCGUACGCCGCCACCACACUCUUGACAAUAGUCAUCCUCACCUUCGGCUACGAGACAUUUAUGCCCUGGAGUGUUUCCAGCUUCUUUAUCAACUAUACUUUUCUUCUUUUGGCGUUUUUGACAUUUGGCUUUUGGAAGAUUCUCAAGGGAACCAAGUUUGUCAAGCCUCAUGAGGCGGACCUGGUCUGGGAGCGCCCGGAGAUUGAUGCCCAUGAGGCGUCUAUCGUGGAACCACAAAUUGGGUUCUGGCGCGAAAUAGGCGAGUUGUUCUGUCUGGGUCGGAAGAGAAAGGCCACGCAUCAUGCUUCUGGUUAA